UUCGCGUGCACCUGCACGAUAAAAAAAAUCGGCCGAACAUUGGAGAAUUGCUCUGCCUCACGCCCGCGCGCUUACACUCCUUUGCUGUUUUCUUCUCCCGUCGAGAGCUGUACGUUCGAUUCGGCGGUUUUCUGUAUCAGGGCAUCCGAACACGCCCAAUCGACCGCCGCCACGGCGCCGCCCUAAUCCCAGAGCCCCAGCUGCCCAGGUUCGUCGGACUCUUUGCCGGUGUCCGGCGACGAGCACCCCCACCACAGUCCACACACCAGAAGUGAGGCAUGGAGGAUGAAGAAAACUUUGAGGAGGAACUGUUGCUUGUGGAGUCAGAACUUGAUGACAUUCAAGGACAAAUUAAAAGAUUACUUGAUCGCCAAGAGGAGCUAUAUGAGCGCCAGUCACAAUUAAAAGCUUUGCUGGAAGUAUCAAAAGUGUCCAGAAAUAAAUCAAAUUGCAAACCUUCAGUUACUCUGGAAGACUGGUCUGGGAGCUUCCCAUGGGAUUCUCAGGCUGAUGAUACCCGAUUGAAUAUAUUUGGCAUCACAUCAUACCGGUCAAAUCAACGAGAAAUAAUUAACGCAGUCAUGAGUGGAAGAGAUGUUCUGGUAAUAAUGGCUGCUGGUGGAGGGAAGAGCCUGUGUUACCAACUCCCAGCUGUACUUCGUGAUGGAAUUGCAUUGGUUGUCAGCCCUCUGCUUUCUCUUAUACAGGACCAGGUCAUGGGACUGACAGCUUUAGGUAUACCAGCAUACAUGCUGACUUCAACUACCAACAAGGAAGUUGAAAAGUUCAUCUAUAGGGCACUUGAUAAAGGUGAAGGAGAGCUGAAGAUAUUAUAUGUGACACCAGAAAAGAUAUCAAAAAGUAAAAGGUUCAUGUCUAAGGUUGAGAAAUGCCAUCAUGCGGGACGUCUUUCUCUUGUUGCAGUAGAUGAGGCACACUGCUGUAGUCAAUGGGGUCAUGAUUUCCGUCCAGACUACAAGAAUCUUAGUAUCUUAAAGAUCCAAUUUCCCACUGUUCCUAUGAUAGCUCUAACUGCAACUGCAACAAGUAAAGUCCAAACAGAUUUGAUAGAGAUGCUUCAUAUACCAAGAUGCGUCAAAUUUGUCAGCACAGUUAACAGGCCCAACCUCUUUUAUAAGGUGUAUCAAAAAUCGCCAGUUGGAAAGGUUGUCAUUGAUGAGAUCACAAAUUUUAUAACUGAAUCAUACCCAAAUAAUGAAUCUGGAAUUGUGUAUUGCUUUUCAAGGAAGGAAUGUGAACAGGUCGCAAAAGAAUUGCGUGAUAGGGGUGUUUUGGCAGAGCAUUAUCACGCUGAUAUGGAUAUUGUUGCUCGUGAGAAAAUCCACAUGCGUUGGAGCAAAGGACAAUCACAGGUCAUCGUUGGAACAGUGGCGUUUGGAAUGGGAAUCAACAAACCGGAUGUUAGAUUUGUGAUUCAUCAUAGCCUUAGCAAGUCUAUGGAGACAUACUACCAGGAAAGUGGUCGGGCAGGGCGGGAUGGAUUACCUUCAGAGUGUGUAUUGUAUUAUCGACCUGGUGAUGUUCCACGGCAGAGUUCAAUGGUCUUCUAUGAAAACUGUGGCCUUCAAAAUCUAUAUGACAUUGUGCGAUACUGUCAGUCUAAGAGCUGCCGACGUGGUGCUUUCUUUCGGCAUUUUGGAGAGGCUCUGCAGGACUGCAAUGGAAUGUGUGACAAUUGUGCUUCUAGUAUUGAGCUCAAGGAUAUAGAUGCCACGUGUCAUACCAAAAUUCUAGUUUCACUUCUACACGACUUGCAACUUAAUGACCAAAGAGCUACACUGUUGCAGCUGGUGGAUAAGUUCAAGGUGAAGUGGAAAGGUUUAGGUCGCUCGAAUCAAGCUGUUGAUCUUAAAAGAGAAGAAAUUGAGCAGUUGAUAGUACAGCUUAUAGUUGACCGUGUUUUGAAAGAAGAAUUUCAGCAUACAGCAUAUUCAACCAAUGCUUAUGUUACAUUAGGACCAUUGUGGAAGCCAGCACUGGAAGGGAACAGACCAGUGAAGCUUGAGAUUGCUGUUUUGGGUUCUCAAGCUAGAGCCGGAGGUGGUGAUAUAUCCAAAGGCACAAAACGUAGCCGAAUGAGUGAUCUGGAAGCUAAACUUGAUGAACUGCGCAGGGAGUUGUCGUCCUCUAGUACCGGGGCCAUAAGCAUAUUUCCCCAUGCAGUUCUCUCCACUCAGCAGAUUUCGCUCCUGAGCUGCCAGAAACCAACCACUGAGGCCGAGCUAGAGAAGGUCAUUGGGAAGGUGAAGACCGAGAAGUAUGGCAACAGGAUCAUUGAGCUGAUGCGGUCCCAUAUCGCCGAUCCAGGAGCUGGCAAUGGAUCUGUUGCUAAGCGGAGGCCCAAGAAAGAUAAGGACGUUGUCUGUGUCGAGAGUAGUGACGAUGAAUAGAAUCAGUAUGCUUCUAAAGCCAUUAGGAUCCAUCGUUGUUUUAUUUUUCACAUCUAUUGGGCAGUGUUUUUCCUGUUUCCUGCCGUUGAAUACAAUACAGACAGUGUAGCUUGCCAGUAACAAGUGCGUGCAAAUGGGCAUAUCAGUGCAUUGCUAGGACAUGGGAAAAGUAUGCUGUGAUUGAGCAUUUGGUUGUGGAGGAUACCAACUAGUAGAACGUAGCGGUUGCUUGUGCAGCGUGGAACACCCGUACACAUUGCGGUCAACUGCCUUUUUCUGCAUUAUUAGGCCAUGUACUUUUUUUUAUUACUGGUGGUCUGGUGCGCCUUGGCGAGCAGUGUGGUUUUGCAGUAUAAA